AUGACUCUUGAGUCGGGGUUCGACGACGAGGACGCCCACGUUCCCAGGGCCCGACGACUGCUUGUAAUGCGGUCACAGGUCGCUUUAUGCGUCCUCUGCGCCUGCAUCUUCCCCAUCGUGCUUUUCUCCACCCUUAAUGUCCUGCAAAAAGACCUCAGAUACUCGUACUUCCACCACAUCAAUGCAACCGCUGUUGCAGAGGCCGAGGCAGCUAGACUGCGAGAGUCCGAGUCUUACCUGUCCACUCUACACGAAAUUCUGUCUCCGGUCCCCGUAGCAGGCAGUAACACUACCGCAACGAAUAGACGCCUUCUUUUCGGACCUUCCUCGAACGAAGCGGAUCCGAAGCUAUGUUUUGCGAUUAUAUCUGCCGCCGAUCGGCCUCAGAAAUAUGUCAGGCAAUCAGCGGCGUUCCUGGUCGGCCGGGUGGUGCGGGAGCUUAUGCCUGAACUCGACUGGGAAAUUAGGAACAAACGCUCUCAGAGGGAAACUGGAAAGCAUUUGGAUGGGUCUGUCCCAUCGCCUCCGCUCUUGCGGCCGCCGCCGGUGAGAAUCUGGGUGCACAAUCUGGCGGGAUCGAGAGAGCACCUGGGGAUCAUACCAGAGGUGAUCGAUGUGGUUGAACCGGAGGCGAAACGACGCAAAUCAACUGGCGGUGCGGACGCAGCAUCGCACGAGGAAUGGCUCGUCAAUCAAAUAAAUGACUUUGCGGAUGCAUUAGAUCAUGCCGUUGCAUUGAAGUGUGGCAUUACCGUCCUGGUGGAGGAUGACGGCAUUGUCGGCACAAGUCCCGUGCGAAAGUUGCUGGAAAGCACCAAAGUGCUGAGUUUGGACAGCACCCCAUUGCACACAUCGAAGGAGAAUCCGCAAGAGUACUCCAAGUGCGAUUGGGCUUUCAUCAAGCUGUUUUACACCGAAUUUUGGGCGGGUUGGGAAAACUCGCCCACAGACAUCGCAACCCUUGCGUUAUUGGGAGCUGCCGCUGGUAUCGUGGUUGCAGGGAUCGUCUUCUUCAUCUUGCAAUCUAAGAAUCGCAACGCACGUCGAUAUCUCCCUGUAACCACGCAGACAAAGAAAGGGCGCCCACGGACCACACUUGCUAUCCUUGUCUUCAUAUAUGUCAUGACGCUUACGAUCCUGAUACUACACGCAUCCGGCCGCCAAAACAUCGCUGCGUUACCUGGCCGUGGCCGUGCCUCUGGGUUGCGGGUCACGGAUGCCCGUGCAUCAUCAGUUGCACACCUGUACCCCACAGGCACAUCUUCGGGUCUCCCCGACUGUGCUAUGAGAACGACAACUUCCCUCAUUUCCUACCUUCGAGAUAGGCAUAAGCAGUACGUCGCGCCGACAUAUAAAGGUCGCGCCACUCCGGUUGACCUGCUGGUGGAUCAGUUUGCCGAGGAAAGAGGAAAGCAACGACUGGAACUCCAACCCCAUCUUUUUCAGCACGUCGGAGCUUACAGCUCGGACAAAGGCAAGAAUCAGGGGAAUUUCAAGGAUAUGAAAGUCAGCAGUUCGUUUGUGGGUGGUACGGAUGUAAUAAGUCAAGGCUCGUGA